AUGCUUGGCUUCCUUGCGCUGUACAUGCCGCGCACGAGUGUCAAAUCCCAGCGCUACCUCGCCGCUGGCCUCCUCAUGGCCAUGCUCGUCCGCACCCUCGGGAUGCGCCGCGUGCUUCUCGGCCUCCGCCCUUUUGUCUACAAGCUCUUGACUGCUGCCAAGGCAGCGUACGACACCCAGCUCCGACCGUUGCUUGACAGUGCCCAGACCAUCCAGGCGCUGCAGACGACAGUCGCCGCCAAAGACACCACGAUUGAUGACCUCGCCGCCAACGUCGCCAACCUCCAUGAAGCCGCACGGGUCCAGCGCGUGGCAACGACCGAGAUCAGCGCCGACCUUAAGGUCCAAGUACAUAAUUUGAAGAUUCGGCUCCACCGCACGACCGAGCGCGCAGCCCAAAGCACAGAGGCGCUGCAGGCAGCCGUUGCAUCCAAAGACGCAGCGAUUGCUGCCAGAGACGCCGCAAUUACCGAGCUCAGAACCCAAGUCGCCGACCUCCAUGAAGCUGCGCGGGUCCAGCGUGUGGCAGCCACAACGAUCAGCGCUGACCUCAAGGUCGAGCUCCACAACACCAAGAUCCAGCUCCACCGCACCGAGGAGCGCGCGCAGCGCGACAUGACCGAGCUCCGCAGCGCGUUCAGCACGCUUCAGCAAGAGCACCGCGCACUCGACAGCAGAGCGACCUCGACCGCUGCCGCGUCCAAAAUACAACUGGCCCACGCCCAUCACGAGAACGUGGCGGUCAAGGGUCUCGCUGCAGCGGCCAUUGCAGCACUCGCCGACUGCCGACGAAAGCACGAAAUGGAGAUGGAAGCGGCCGCAUCAGCCGCCAAAUUCACCCAGAUCCAGCUGUUCCAGUCCAAACGAGUGCUUGCGGCCGUCGCCCAAGAGGCUAUCUCGGCCCAGAACGCAUUGCGUGACGUGACGGCCGAGCGCGACGCAAUGGCUGCCUCCACCAACCGACUCGCCUCAGAGCUGCAAGCGGCCAAGUCACAUGCCACAGCACUGGAGGCCGCGUCGAUGGUCGCUUUGGAGCGCGAGCGUCAAGCUCGUCUGGACACGACGCGGGCGAUGGACGAGCAACGUGCUGUCCAUCAAGAGCGACUGCAAGCAGCGAGAACGCAGCACGAAGCGCUGCAGAACGCGAUGCAAGCCAUGACAAACCGGCACACUGCGAGCCUCGUAGAAGCCUUCGCGCAACUCGACGACGCCGACGUCUUACGGGCAAGAGCCCACUCAGCAAGAGUAUCGCAGCUCGUCGUCCGCGACGUCCAGCAGAGCGAGCACCGAGCGCAGAUCCGGACGCUGCAGGAUGCUCUCGCCGCUGCCAACGCGAGUCGCCAAGCCGACGCCGAAGCCCACGCGGAGUUUGCGGCCAUGAUGCUGCAGCGCGACCGACGCAUCAGUGACCUCGAGGCCAAACGCGGCGAAUAUCUGUCAACGAUGGCAGCGACCAAGGUGGCAGUCGCUGCGGUCCAGCUCGUCUCGCGGGCCACGCUGCCGCCCAACAUAGCCGCCGUCCGCCGCAUCGUGGGCGAAGCCGCGGCUGCUGGCGCCUCCAUCGUCGUGCUGCCCGAGUACUGGGGCAUCCUCGGCCGGCACGAGACGGACAAGGUCGGCCUGCGCGAGGCGCUAACGACGUCGCCGAUCGCUGCCAAGCAGCCGAUGCAGCACUGCAUGCGCGAACUCGCGCUGCAGCACCAGAUCUGGCUCAUCGGCGGCACGAUCCCGCUCGAGUGUCCGAGCGACGCCACCAAGGUGCUCAACACGACGCUCGUGUACAACCCAAGCGGCGACGUCGUCGGUCGCUACGACAAGGUGCACCUCUUCGGCUUCACGCCUGAUGGCAACCAAGCGGCCUUUGACGAAGCGCGCACGAUCGUCGCUGGUUCCACGACGCAAGUCCCGGUCGUGGACCUCCCGUGUGGCCGCGUCGGCCUCUCGGUCUGCUACGACCUGCGCUUCCCCGAGUUUUACCGCGCCAUGGCACCGCUCGCACUCGCAGUCGUGCCCGCUGCCUUUACGCACGUGACGGGCGAAGCGCACUGGGAGAUUCUCCUGCGCGCGCGUGCGAUCGAGAACCAAUGCUAUGUCCUCGCCUCUGCCCAAGGCGGAACCCACGAAAACGGUCGACGCACGUGGGGGCAGUCGAUGCUCAUCGACCCGUGGGGCAAGAUCGUAUCCGAGCUACGGGAAGGCGAAGGCUUCGUGCUCGGCGACGUCGACCUCGACGUGAUCACGCGCACGCGCCGCCAGCUGCCGGCCUUGGACCACCGUCGCAUGUAAUGCGUCUGGAUGUAAUAGCACAAGCAAGCAAUGCAAAUGUGUACUAGCAUGGAG